AUGACGGCCAGAAGGUGCCCAAACGACAUCCUUGAUUCAAUGUCACCUGCUGCCACCAGUCAGCAUCAAUCAGAGGCAUCUAUCGUCUUCUCGCCAAACAUUUUGUUACCAGUUUACCACCCUAAUUAUUUGGGACGAAAAAACAGCACAACAUUGAUUUUGAGACAAGGCCUCUCCAGUGCCGACAGGAACGAGCUACGACGACUUUUUCGAGGUUGUUUUGCUGCUGCUGUGGCUGCUGACUUUACUGUAGUCGUCGCUGGCUCCAGCCAGUCGCCUUAA